AGAAGUUAAAAAUUUCAAAUAGAGGGCGGUAGGUUUAGUUACAGAAUUAAGAGGAAGCGUCAAAGAUCUCUGGGAGUGGAAGCCGGAUACUCAGCAACGUUCAAGGCCCGGUUUUUGUCAUUUUUACAUACCGAUGGCUUCACAGAAUGUGGAUCCAGCUGCGGCCAGCUCGGUGACUGCAAGGAAAGGACAAGAGUCGGGGACCUCGGCCGCCCGUGGCUCUGUGGGAAAGAGGUUACAGCAGGAGCUGAUGACCUUAAUGAUGUCUGGGGAUAAGGGAAUUUCUGCAUUCCCGGAGUCUGAUAACCUAUUUAAGUGGAUUGGAACCAUUGAUGGCGCAGUCGGCACGGUAUAUGAGAGCCUGCGCUAUAAGCUGUCCCUGGAAUUCCCUAGUGGCUACCCUUACAAUGCUCCCACUGUGAAAUUUGUUACACCAUGCUUCCAUCCAAAUGUAGAUAGUCAUGGAAACAUCUGUCUGGACAUCCUGAAAGACAAAUGGUCUGCACUUUAUGAUGUCCGAACAAUUCUUCUCUCAUUACAGAGCUUGCUGGGAGAGCCCAAUAAUGAGAGUCCCUUGAACCCAUAUGCAGCAGAACUGUGGCAGAAUCAGACAGCUUACAAGAAGCAUCUCCACGAGCAGUACCAGAAGCAAGUCCGAGAAAAAGACAUCUGACCACCCCCUCCCCCCACACCCUUUCCUAUUCCAUUUGCAUGUUGUGUGCUGUACAUGUAUGCUGUAAUAUAUGCUUAACUUAACAGAAGUUUGUACAAAUAAAGCUGUUUUAUCGUU